AUGCAAUAUGUCAAGGCCCACAGCGCAAUACCGGUGCCGACGGUGUUGUUCUCAAACCUGGAUCACAACAACGUACCAUACGUAAUCAUGGAUCGGCUGCCGGGAAAGCCCCUGAGAAAGCUAUGGCAACAUCUCAGCCUCGAUCAUAAGAGAGCUGCGAUCAGGCAGACCGCUUGGGUGCUGAGUCAACUGUCCUCCCUGAAGUUCAACCGAAUUGGCGGUCUGCACCCUGGCGGCGUUGGAUCGUUCUAUCCUAUGCUGUGGCAUGGGCAUCCUCCCGCGGUCCAUUUCGCGCCACUGCCGAUUACCUCGCGAGCUUUGUUGAGUCCAUCGAAUUUUCCUGCUCAGCCAGACACGCUCUCUCCGCCGGAGUUAGGUAGCAGGAAACGCUUUGAGGAGCCGUCAUGGCGCUCGGAUAUUCAUGACCUCCGCCAGCAACCGGACAUGAUCAUUCGUAGUGCGAGCUCUUCACCGCUGCUGCAGCCACCUUUCCGUCUGAUCCAUGCCGACUUUGAUGCCCAGAACUUGCUGUUCGCCCAGCUAGACGAGGAUUGCGAACCGCUGCUGGCUGGUGUCAUUGACUGGGACCAUGCCUUUACAGGGCCGCUGUAUUAUCUUUUCGAGUACCCCAUUUUCAUGCAAGACGACGACUCCAAUCCUGAACAGUAUGCUGAAAAUAAAAUCCUACGACAAGAGCUCGUACGGUCUCUACAGGAGUGCUCGCAAGAGCUUGGCGAAUCACCAGCUCUGGCGAGACAGUGCUUUCAGGAGUAA